UACACGCUCACACGAAUCAGCCUUGGUUCAUCCCAGACGACGAAUCUUGCAUAUCGCAAUGGGAGGCGCUGACAGAGCAGGAGGCAAGGCUAAGCCUUUGAAGGCCCCGAAGAAAGCCCCCAAAGCCGAGUUGGACGAAGAAGAUAAGGCGUUCCAGGAGAAGCAGAAGGCUGAUGCAAAGGCAAAGGCCGAGCUGGCGGCAAAAGCCUCGGGGAAGAAGGGGCCUCUCAAUACCGGCAGUCAGGGUAUCAAGAAGAGCGGAAAGAAAUGAGCGACUCUACGAUCUGGAGUGUUGUGCGUGAGAUGGUUGAGCAGUCGAUUUUCUUGGAUAACACGGCGUUGAUGGCAUUAAGAGGAUACAAGGCUGAGCAUGGGAUCGGCUAAAGCAUGGCCUUGGGAGUCUGACGAAUAUACGAUACACACUGCAGUGGCCUUUGUCGUUGGUUUUUCUGUAGUCAUGAUACGAAGCAGGAUCAGGAUUCAACCUCGCUUGCACCACCCCUUUCAUGCAAGUCGCAUUUCAUUGCUGUCAUGCCGAGGCUCAUAUCUCACCCGGUCAAGUUCCUACACCUCUGCCAGCAACCCUGGAUCCUUUACGAGAGCUGUUGGAUGUAGACGGGCUAAAACAGCCACGCGGAGUCCCAAAGGCCGGGUCAACCAAAAGUUUUGCUGGGUAUUCUGGCCGCCAUUUGCUCCCUUGACUUCUCUG